UCUUGCCGUGGACGGAUCUCGUCUUCAGGCUGCUAUAUCCAUUUGUCUUUUACUAAAGACUUCUGCUCUUCCUAUCCAAACCCAUGGAGUCUCUUUUGGGGGCUACACUGUUUCUGAUACUAGUGACGGCAUCAGCAGCUCAGGAUGCCUGCAUUUGUGAAACAAAUAAACAGACUGUUUGUAACAGGAACCAAUUUUCUAACUGCGAAUGCAGAGCAGUAGGUUCCAAUCAGCUAGUGGAUUGUACUACACUAACUUCUAAAUGUCUACUGAUGAAAGCAGAAAUUAUCCCCGCAACAAAAAGGAGCUUCCAAAAGCCAGAAGGUGCCAUUCCGGACAAUGAUGGACUUUACAACCCCGACUGUGAUGACAACGGCAACUUCAAGGCAAGGCAAUGCAACCAGACAGACACUUGUUGGUGUGUGAACUCUGCUGGAGUAAGGAGAACGGAUAAGGGGGAUAAAAGCAUGAAAUGCAGUGAGCUUGUCAGAACAAACUGGAUCUUCAUUAACCUGAAACACAAAGAGAGGGAAGGCUCCUUCUCUGAGCAUGAAUUGGCGAACAGUCUCCGACAGCUCAUUCAGAAUCGAUACAAGCUCCAACAACAUUACAUCACAGCUAUUGAGUAUGACUCCCCAUUCAUCCAUAUUGACUUGAAACAGAAUGCUACCCAGAAGUCUCAUGAAGAUGUCGAUAUAGCAGAUGUAGCCUAUUACUUUGAAAAAGACAUGAAGGGUGACUCUGUUUUUCGUCAUGGCAUGUUUAAUCUCUCUGUCAAUGAGGAACCUCUUGAUAUUGAAGAAAUCCUUAUCUACUAUGUUGAUGAAAAACCAGCAGAGUUCUCUAUGCAACGCUUGACACCUGGCAUUAUUGCUGUGGUGGUGGUGGUCAUUUUGGCCAUUAUCAUUGGGAUUACUGUGUUUGUGAUUACCAGGAGGCGGAGCUCUGGCAAGUACAAGAAGGUUGAGAUUAAGGAGAUGGGAGAAAUGAGAAGAGGGCAAAAUUCAUAGUUGCCUCAGUUUGAAGGAAAGACUAUGACUUUGACACUGAGGAAAUGGAAGGAAGAUGGCAAGAUGAU